AUGCAAGAACAACCCGAGGUGACUGGCACCGCGGCAUCGCAAACCACAUCACCUGACUCGUCGAUGAGCACGAGCACUUCAGCCACGUCCAACUCUGUCUCUCAGGCAGCGGCAAAAUGGAACGAGGCCGGAGUUAUCGCCGGGUCCGUAAUUGGAGGGGUGUUCUUCAUAGUGCUGUCUGCCCUAGCCAUCGGUGGGGUCCUCGCGUACCGGAGACGAGUACACCGGAGGGACAUGGCGGCGCAUUUGGAUUAUGUUCUCCCCGGUAUGCAGUCUGCCUCGGUGGGACUACCGUUCGCGCCGCAAAAGUUAUAUGAUCCCUCGGACCCAUCUACAUUCCCAACGCUGGAGCAUGCUCCUACUGUGACGAGUCCAACCGGUAGAGCAAUGGAGACGCCAUUGCCGGCGAUAUUACAGUCGCCUUUGUCGCCAACUAUGCGGGACCGCGGUGACCCUCCCGAGUAUACUCCUACCAUUACCAGCUCGCUGUUGCCCGAACAUGUGGAUGCCUCGGUCUACUUUUGCGGAUCCUCGGGCUAUAACACGCGUUCCCCCUUCUACAAGGACCACCACUUUGCAGUCAUGCGCAAAGUCGUAGUAACGCUGGGAACACUCGCGCUGCUCACCGGGAAUACCAGUGCUGCCAAUGCAACUUGCACUAUAGCUAAUGCUACGGUGACCAAUUCCCUCGGAGAGUCGCCAUGCUACCUCGCAUACAUUAUAUCGAACCUAACGAGCUAUAUGGAAUUCUUGCCCGCGAUAAAUAGUUCCUACGCCUACAUCCCCACUGGUCCUAGCAGCUGCAACACCGUGGCUUACAACCUCUUGAGCGCAUGUGCCGCAUGCCAAGGCGCUGGUUGGAACAAUUGGCCAGAUUGGCAAGGAAGGUGUACCGAUGCUGGCCUGAACUCUGCCAAUGGCUUUCCAUGGACCAUACCACCUGGGAUAGCUUUGCCCUACUGGGCGUACUACAAUUACACCGGCAAUACAGCUAACAGCACCUAUAACGCGUCCAUCCCGCAUCUCCUGGGAGAGUUCCCCGAGAUGACCGCCCCAUCCGACGCCACAUCCCCAAGCUCUACCUCCACAACCGCCACGAGCAGCGCAACAGCUUCCAGCACCACUGCUGCGACGAAGCACGUCCACACCGCAGCCAUAGCUGGGGGCGUCGUAGGCGGAGUGGUAUUCGCCGGCCUCGCCGGUCUGGCGAUUGCUGGCUUUGCUAUCAUGCGCCGAAGGCGGGCGAACCGCCCAUCAGGGAAUCCGGAUCCAGCGGUGAGAGAGCUCUCCCCCGGGCCUACACUUGGUCCAACCCCGGCGUUCCCGGCACAAAAACUAUACGAUCCGUCAGACCCCACGACGUACCCACUGGCAGCCGAGAGCCUCAAGGCCUCUGACUCCUCCACGCGAUACGGCGCGACGAGCCCCGCGCCGUCGAGCAUGCUCUCGCCGACGACCCUGACAAGUGAGGGGCGGCAGAUGCCGUUUGGCGGAUACCAGUACAAUCCGUUGUCCCUUGCAACGCCGGAUGCGCAUCAUGCAAGUAUGCAUGUGACGUACCCCCAGACGCCAAACGCACUGUCGCCCGGGAAUACGGUGUUGGGUGGGCGGUAUGGGGGCUUGCCUAUAGUUUAG